AUGGGCCGAGAAGAGUUGGGCUCCAAUCCAAUGACCCUCAUUUUACCCACUUUUCCCGGUUCCCCCAGAAAACUCGCGCUGCCGGACAGCCCUUGCAGCUGCGCAAUACAGAAGCCCGCACUCCACACCCUCCCAAGGAAACGCCUGGGUCUCAACGCAUGCGUGUUGGGAAUCCUGACCGCCCCUUCCACCUCGGACGUCGUCCGUACGCUGGGUGUUGAAAAGACCACGCCACGGCGCCGCUGGCCGCGUCAAGGACGCAUGCGUCUGAGCAGGCGCCCCACCUCGGCUUUAACUGUAGAUGAAGCAAGCGGCUCCCAAACGCGGUGUGCUGCGCGGUUCCUAGUCGCUGUCUCAGCUCUGCACGUGCCCGAGGGACUGCCUUCCGUGGGGGACUUCCUCUCCCCAAUCCAAGUCCUGGGCACUGUCAAAUGGUUCAACGUCCGGAAUGGUUACGGAUUCAUCAACAGGAAUGACACCAAGGAGGAUGUCUUUGUUCACCAGACAGCUAUUAAGAGAAACAACCCCAGGAAGUUUCUGCGAAGUGUUGGAGAUGGGGAGACUGUGGAGUUUGAUGUCGUCGAAGGAGAGAAGGGUGCAGAAGCUGCUAAUGUAACUGGGCCUGGGGGGGUGCCAGUGAAGGGCAGCCGCUAUGCCCCAAAUCGACGUAGGUUCCGCAGAUUCUUCCCGAGGCCUCGCCCAGCUGCCCCACCACCCAUGGUGGCAGAGGCUCCCUCGGGUGGGACUAAACCUGGCAGCGAAGGGGAGCGGGCAGAGGACUCAGGGCAGCGACCUAGACGACGGCGCCCACCACCCUUCUUCUAUCGAAGGCGGUUUGUGCGAGGCCCUCGGCCCCCCAAUCAGCAGCAGCCCAUAGAGGGCUCCGACGGGGUAGAACCCAAGGAGACAGCCCCAUUGGAGGGGGACCAACAGCAGGGAGAUGAACGGGUGCCCCCACCCAGAUUCCGGCCUAGGUACCGAAGGCCUUUCCGCCCCAGGCCACCCCAACAGCCUACCACAGAAGGUGGGGAUGGCGAGACCAAGCCCAACCAAGGCCCCACUGAUGGUUCCCGGCCUGAGCCCCAGCGUCCACGAAACCGCCCCUACUUCCAGCGGCGUCGGCAGCAGCCCCCUGGCCCCCGGCAGCCUAUAGCCGCAGAGACCUCAGCACCUAUCAACAGUGGGGACCCCCCCACCACCAUACUGGAGUGA